UAUCCACCGUUCGAUUAUUGAAAUCCCAUCUGAUUUUGAUGUUAUGAACCAUCAACGGUGGAAACAUGAAGAUGAAGCAAAGCAAAAGACUGGACCCCAUUAGAGAGACUGCUUGAUCUGCAUAAAACUCAGCCAUUGUCCGGACCAAAGGACAGACGUGGGAGAAGAGAGAGAAAAACAUGGAGAAAGCAAUGUGAGAGAAGAGAAAGACUAAAAAAAAGGUCAAUAUUUGAAAUUCAGACGCUCCAAUUCUUCAAUUCUACUUCACCAAAUUCCACGGAAUUCAAAACCCAGCUUUAAAACCUUCUCUUUCCAAUACCCAGAUCUCAAUUUUCCUCAGUUUGAUUAAGUUCACCUCAUUUAAUUCAUUUCCCCUGUUUUUAUUCUACAAGAGCACCUCCUCUUAUAAUCACUGUUAAAAUCGAGCUUUCCUUCGUCUUUAUUCGUAAUGCUUCAUGGUUAGUCACUCCUAUUUUUGGUUACUCAUUUGUUCUUAAAUUUUCUUUCUCUAAAUUCUCCAAAAUUUGAGGAAAUUUAUCUCAUUUUCCCCUUCGCUGAAAUCCUCUGCCUUGUGUUCUUUCAAACGCUGGAUUCUUGGUUUCUCUAUCUAGGAUUCUUCAAAUUUUGACAAAAAAUCAGAUCAUGGGAAUCCAAAAAGACGUAGUCAAAUUCAACGUAGGAGGCAGAAUCUUUCAAACGACAGCUACAACACUUGCAAACGCAGGCAGGGAUUCCUUUUUCGGUGCAUUAUUUGACGACAAUUGGAGCUUGUUACAACAACCAAACAAUCGCCCAGAAUUCUUCAUCGAUCGAAACCCCGACUGUUUCGCUGUCCUCCUUGAUCUUCUCCGCUCAGGCGAUCUCUACGUUCCUUCCAAUGUCCCCGAAAGGCUUCUUUACAAAGAAGCCAUGUUUUAUGGCUUAAUUGACCAUGUUCGUUCGGCUAAGUGGGGUCCAUUUGAUGGUAACAGGUUAAAGCUAUCUAAGUCAGUAACAGGGCGAGCCCCAGGCGAUGGAACCGCCAUCCGAGCUGGUCCUGAUGGCGGCUGCUGUGUAGCUCAUGGUAGCAUGGUUCAUGUUUUUGAUUGGAUGUUAGAAGAACACCCGCCAAUCAAUCUUGAUUACCAGAUAGUUAACGAUAUUGGUUGGGCCAACAAUGAGCAUGUUUUGAUAAGCGCUUGUGAAAGGUUAGGGAGAGGAGAUGGUGGGAUGGGGUUGUUCAGUUCAUCUACUGGAGAUUUGAGAUACAAGUUUAAUGUUGUUCAUGGUAAUCAAGUAAAGAGCUACACUGCUGGGGCUUUGAGUUUUAGUCCUGAUUAUAAGAUUUUUGCUAGUUGUAAAGGGAGGAGCAACGAGUAUGGGAUUGGAGUUUGGGACCAAGUUACUGGUAAACAAAUUGAUUUCUUUUAUGAGAGUCCUGGCUGGUCUCUUGGUGAUGCUGAUAAACUACAAUGGUUGGAUGGGAGUAAAUGUUUAUUAGUUGCUACAUUGUUUCCCAGAAAGGAUAACUGUUAUAUCAGUUUGCUUGAUUUUAGAGAGAAGAGAAUGGUUUGGUCUUGGUCUGAUAUUGGUGCCCCUUUAACUGUUGAUGAGAAGAGAGUGAGAGAUGCUAUUGCAAUGGAGGAAUGUAAUUCUGUUUGUGUGGUGAAUGAGUAUGGGGAUUUGGGGUUCAUAGAUUUGAGGGUCAGUGAAGGAAGUGUGAAGUGGAGUUCCAGAAGUAGGUUAAUGAAGGGGAAGAUGCCAGAUGAGCCUUGCUAUCCGAAAUUGGCAUUGCAUAACGGGCAGUUGUUUUCAUCAAUGAAUGAUUGCAUUUCUGUGUUCUGUGGUCCUGAUUGGGUGUUAACAUCUAGUCUUCGAAGAAGUUAUGGGGGUUCAAUUUGUGAUUUUUCCAUAGGUGGUGAUCGGCUCUUUGCACUUCACAGUGAGGAAAAUGUGUUUGAUAUAUGGGAAACUCCACCACUGCCGGUUAUAUGAUUCAGAUCAUGGUUUGAUUACUGCAGCACUGUUGUCAUUUCCUUUUUUUAGGUGGUUAAAGGUAGAGGAUGAACUUACAAUUAAAACAAAUAUCAUAGAUUAGGCAAAGAUUACAGGGUGAUAUUUAAAGUCAGUGUUUUGUACAGAGCUUGCUUGCUGUUUCAAAGAAAUGAAAUUGUU